GCCUUAAGUCUAUCCAAUAUGGACGACCUGCGCUGGAUAUUGACAGAUUUCAGAUCCCGAUCGAAACGUACAGAUUUCAACGCACAUCGUUUACUAACAUUGCAUGAAUGAACUAACUACUUAACGUGUGAAUUGCUAUAAUAUACUGUAGCAAGAGAGGCGUGUUUUUGAAAGUUGAAAAUGGAAGUUACCAACUUCGAUGAUGAUGACAACCCCACCUACAAUCGUAGUUACUCAUUACUGGACUCUGUUUAUGAACCUGCCAAAACUGUAUCACUAAUUUUCUCAGAUGAUAAUCGUUUGGAUAAACUUGACAAAUAUUACAGAAAUGUAAAAUCAACUGUUCUCAACUACCAGAGUCCUGCAACGGGUCUUUUCCCCAGCAAAACAGUUGGUGAUUGUAAUUAUGCCAAAGUUCGAGAUUGCCUUUAUUGUGCUGCCAGUGCAUGGGCUGUAGCACUGGCUUAUAGACGAAUUGAUGAUGAUAAGGGAAGGACUCAUGAGCUGGAAUAUUGUGCUGUUAAAUGCAUGCGAGGAAUUCUCUACUGCUACAUGCGUCAAGCUGAUAAGGUGGAACAUUUCAAACAGCAUUCAGAUCCAUCAAAUUGCCUACAUUCUGUAUUCAAUGUGCAUACAGGUGAUGAAGUGUUAUCAAGUGAAGAAUAUGGACAUCUUCAGAUUGAUGCUGUAUCUUUAUUCUUACUGUACUUGGUGGAGAUGAUUUCCUCAGGACUACAGAUUAUCUACAAUACUGAUGAGGUAACUUUCAUUCAAAAUCUUGUAUUCUGUGUGGAAAGGAGCUAUCGCAGGCCAGAUUUUGGUAUGUGGGAGAGAGGAAGCAAAUAUAACAAUGGCAGCACUGAACUGCAUUCAAGUUCAGUUGGUAUGGCCAAAGCUGCGUUGGAAGCAAUCAAUGGUUUUAAUCUCUUCGGCAAUCAGGGAUGUUCUUGGUCAGUGAUUUUUGUUGAUUUUGAUGCUCACAAUCGGAACAGACAAACAUUGUGUUCGUUGCUUCCACGAGAAUCACGGUCUCACAAUACAGAUGCUGCUUUACUGCCGUGUAUAAGUUACCCUGCAUUUGCAGUGGAUGAUGAUGCCUUGUUUGAUCAAACUCUUGAGAAAGUUGUUCGUAAACUGAAUGGAAAAUAUGGAUUAAAACGUUUCUUAAGAGAUGGAUACAGGACAGGAUUGGAGGACCAUUCACGGCGUUACUAUAAACCGGCAGAAAUCAAGCUGUUCGAUGGCAUUGAAUGUGAAUUUCCUUUGUUUUAUAUUUAUUUGAUCAUUGACGGGGUGUUUAGAGAUAAACCUGAACAAGUGAAAAAAUACUUGACACUCCUUGAACCGUUGCUUCUCCAGUCAUACGAUGGCUUUGCAGUUAUACCAAAGUACUAUUAUGUACCGGCUGAUUUUAUUGAAUCAGAAAGGAUAGCACCCGGCAGCCUAAAGCGUUUUCCUAGUAAUUCUGGACAUGAUGGAAGUCUUUUCUUAUGGGGACAGGCCCUGUACAUAAUUGCAAAGCUGCUUGUGGACGAAUUGAUAAGCCCGAAGGAUCUGGACCCUGCUAGACGAUAUGUGCCUUCAAAGGAUCAGAGAAAUAUCAGCUUGAGGUAUUCUAACCAGGGUCUUGCAGAAAAUGAUGUGGUGGUUCACGUGGCCCUGAUUGCUGAAAGUCAGCGCCUGCAAGUAUUUCUCAACACAUAUGGAAUACAAACGCAAACACCACAGCAAGUAGAACCAAUACAGAUAUGGCCACAACAAGAGCUUGCAAAGGCCUAUCUCUACCUCGGUGUAAAUAAAAAACUUAAAUUGUCUGGAAGACCAAACAGACCCAUUGGAUGCAUUGGAACAUCAAAGCUUUACAGAAUUCUAGGAAAGACAGUUGUGUGCUAUCCCAUUGUGUUUGAUUUGAGUGACUUUUACAUGAAUCAAGAUGUCAUGAUGCUGAUUGAUGACAUAAAGAAUUUACUACAGUUUACUAAACAAUAUUGGAAGAUGAAUCGGCGCCCUCUUUUCCUUGUGCUAAUCCGUGAAGAUAACAUAAAAGGGAGUCGUCUCAAUCCUGUGUUGGACAUGUUGGCAGCAUUCAAAAAUGGUAUUGUUGGAGGAGUGAAAGUUCAUGUUGACAGACUUCAGACAUUAAUAUCUGGUGCAGUCGUUGAACAGCUUGACUUCCUUCGGAUAAGUGAUGAAGAGGAAAUUCCACAGUUUGUAAGUUUUGAGGAGCUGGAAUUUCCAAAACAUUCAAAAGUGAAGCGGCAAUCAAGUGUACCAAAUCCUAUGGACAAUGAGCAACAACCUGAGAUAAAUUUGCAUGACUGGAUGUUUGCCCCCACAAUGGAAAUUCUGGAAAAGCUGUCUGAUGGCCUCUCCCUUGUCAGUGAAGCUAUACUCUUGAGUAUUUUGCUGAAACGAGAAGGGUCUCAUUUCAUUACAGCAGAAGGGACUGUUGUAGAUCGUUUGGAAAGAGUUUAUCAACGUUCAGGCAGAAAGAAACACUGGUCUAAUGUACGCCUCACUGCAAGUAUUUUAGGUAAACAAGUGGACAGCCUUGCUCCAUCAAUUACUAGGGUUUUAGUUCAGGGUAAACAAAUUACAAUAGGAGUGUUCGGGCAUGAAGAGGCAGUGAUUUCAAACCCCUUGUCUCCAACGGACAUAAAGAAGAUUGUCUACACUAAAUGCGCCCAGCACGAUGAAAGGGAGGCAGUGCUUCAACAGGAACUUGUCAUUCAUAUUGGUUGGCUUAUCUCUAAUUCUCCAGAACUCUUCCACGGGAUGCUGAAAUUUAGAAUUGGAUGGAUCAUCCAUGCAAUGAAACAUGAACUAAAGAUUCGAGGUGAGAAUCUAUCUGAUGAUUAUGUGUACCAGAUGUCACCAAGUGAUGUCAAAAAGCUUCUUCUGGAUACUCUGCAGCCUGACCAACAUGACAGAGCAUGGAAAAACAGGCGUCAUCUUGAUGGUUCCUUGAAUCGUACUCCAAAGGGUUUCUAUGACAGAGUAUGGCAGAUUCUGGAGAGGACUCCUGAAGGCAUCAUAGUGACUGGAAGACAUCUGCCCCAACAACCAACUUUAUCAGAUAUGACCAUGUACGAGAUGAACUUUUCACUCCUUGUAGAAGACUCUUUACAAGACAUUGUCCAGCCUGAAUAUCGACAGAUCAUUGUUGAGCUGCUUAUGAUUGUUUCUGUUGUGUUGGAACGCAAUCCUGAACUGGAAUUUCAAGGUGAAGUAAAUUUGGACAAACUGGUGAAAGAGGCUUUUGAUGAAUUUAAGAGAGACAAAAACAGACUAGAGCAAGUUGAGGUUAAGGACAUGACCGACUUCUACAAUACACCUCCAACUGGAAAGAGAGGGACAGCCAGCUAUCUGAUGAAGGCUGUGAUGAAUACAUUACUCGAGGGUGAAGUUAAAUCAGGACCUGAUGACCCCUGUGUGAUUUGCUAAAGACAAUGAGCUUUAAGUGUUUACCUUUGUGAGAUUUAUGGUGUGUACUAAUGCAUGUGUUUGUUGCAAUCUUAUUCACUAAAAUUAAAGUUACAUAUAGUAGGUCAGUUUACUGCGUUUUGGCUGCUUUUCCUGAAUUGUAAUUCUUGAUUGAUAAGUUCAGUCUUAGAUUCAUUUAAAAAUACAUAAAGGAGGUUAUUUAAUUUGGGUGAUGCUGCUUGUGUGAUAGAAAGCCUGUUUAACAAAUGAAACAUUCAGUACCAUUGCUCAAUGAGAGUGUUACUUUAUAUAUAGUUUAACUCUUAAUAAAUAUUUGGAAUUUGUGCGUCAGUGUUAUGAGUUACGAUUUAAAUUAAAUGGCA